AUGGCCCUCAAGUCGCCUCGGAUCAUCAGCGCUGAAGUCACCAAGAUCCGCGAGUUGUCGCCAAGGAGAAUCCCGCUGAACGAGGACAUCAACGCCGUGUCACAAAAUGAGAGGGGCGAUACAGUGUGGUAUCUUCCGGGGCUUUCAACCGAGGGAGCAGUGCAGGUCUGGGAGGGCGAAGGCGAUCGAGUCGGGAACGUUUCGGCAUGUUGUUCUGGUCCUGGACUAUGGGCAGAACGCAGACGGACAUCGAGAUCUGGUGGAAAAGGGGUUGAGAGGCUGAAGGGAUGCCCCGGCGGCGGAGUGACAGAUAUUAUCUUACUGUCUGGCCAAGCCUCAGAGGAAGUUCAAUGA